UCCGUUGUGCGCCGAUCCGAGAUGCUGUUCAGGAGUCAGCUGUUGCCUGUUGGGCCAAAGUCUGUGUCGCUAUACAGCCAGUCGGUGCACUGCAAGUGUCCACCACCAGUCUGGUUGAAAGAACAGUGAAGGAAACAUGGUGGAUGCAAUAAUGGAGCCGCUUAAACACAAGCCCAAGUGCAGGGUACAACUACACAUUCAUCUAGAUGGGGCUGUUAGACAUGAGACCUUAUGGGAGGUAAUGAGGAAAAAAGGACUGAAGCUUCCUGGAAGCGGAUCUCUGUCGGACUUCCAGGAUUCUCUGAGGGUGGAUGAACCCAGAGACUUAGCUUAUUUCCUGAAGGGGUUCAAAUAUUUUUUGGACUGUCUAAUAGGUGACUUAGACGUCAUAGAGCGCAUCUCCUACGAAUUUGUGGAAGAUCAGGCCAAACAGAGUGUUGCAUAUUGUGAAGCAAGGUUCUGUCCUCAUCUCCUGUUGCCUGGGGAUGCUGGUCAUAUCAAUGGCAGUGUCAAUGGGUCCUCUGAGGCCAGUUCUAAUGGUAACGGUAUACAGAAUGGCAGUGGAAACGUACAAAGUGACGACAUCGUUAAGGCUGUAUUGAAAGGCGUCAAGAGAGGCGAGGAAGACUUCGGGACUAAAGUCAGACUUAUACUUUGCUGCAUAAGAGGAAAUUCACAAUGGGCCUGGGACAUUCUAAGACUGUGCGAAGAAUACAGAGACCAGGGAAUAGUCGCCAUCGACAUAGCUGGAGAUGAAGCGGGUGCUGGCGAAGAAGCGAGUAUAAGUGAUCCAAUAGACAUAGCUGUCUUCCAGGCUGCCAAAGAAAAGGGCAUUCAUCGCACAGUGCACGCUGGGGAGGCUGGACCUGCUCGCUGCGUUCAAGUGGCUGUGGAAGCCUUUGGAGCUGAGCGAAUAGGACAUGGCUACCGUGUGAUAGAGGAUGAAGCAAUUUAUGACAUGUGUAAAAGACAAGGCAUCCACUUUGAGACUUGUCCCCAUUCAUCGUACCUCACGGGAUCUGUAAAAUCUUUAAAAUGUGAAUCCAAAAGACAUCCUGUUUUAAGAUUUGCUGAAGAUGAAGCAAGCUUUAGUAUAAGUACAGAUGACCCUACAAUCACCUUUACUACACUGGCAGAUGAAUACAGACUACUCAGCAAGUGGGGAUUCACAGAAGCCCAAAUAACUCGUGCCAAUUUCCAAGCUGCUCUUCAUUCUUUUCUAAGUCCUGAGGAGAAGAGAGACUUAGUUGAGCAGUUGAAGGAAGCCUAUGGCAUCAUAGAUUACACAUUACCUGUAGCAUCUCCUUCCUCAAGACGCACGUCCGCACCCUUGAAGCCUAGUGUCACCUUUGGAACGUGGGCUGAACGUGCUUAGGUAAAGAAUUUGAGGGCGUAUAUUCCAUAGUUUAGUGACAGUACAAUAAUGUAUUUUUUUAGGAUUUGACCUGUCGUCUUGAUGUAUUAAAUUUUUUUUGAGACUAUUAUGUCUUGAGUACACGAACUUUUCCAUCUAUAAAUUGUAUCAUAGAAGCAAUGGGGAUGUGUUUUGUUUCUUAUAUACCUCACAUUCUGAUGAUGACUUCGGAGCAAGUUGGUAAUAUAUGAUAUCAGAAACUGUAUUUGAUUGAUUAUAUGUAUUGGUAAUAAAUGAUUUAUGAAGUUGCUCAUGUUACUGGAUGUUUUAUGUUGUAUCUGGAUGAAAUUUAGAAUUUUUGUGUGACAAGGACAGUAAUGUAUGCUGGUUUGUAAUAAAAUUCUGCAUUAAUUCUCAGGCAAGAUGCAUUUCACUUCCAUUUUGCUUAAAACGGUUCAAUAAAGAAAAAUAUGAUUUGGCCAGUACGCAGUUUGUUUUGUUUACAGUACAAUUUUUAACAAUUCCAUGUGCAUUGUUAGAUAUUGUUUUUUUUGUUAUAUUUUCGACACAUUUUCAUUCUCUUGUGGUUUUUAUUCCCAUGAACAUAUUGUAUUAAAGAUAAGAAAUACGA